CUAAAUGAGAAUUUAUGAGUUUUAAUAUAUUCUUAUCUUCUUCAAAAUACCCUUAAUCUCAUAAACCAAAACCUGCAUCAAAAAUCAUUGUUUCAUAAACAAAAACCAUCCUGAAACAAAAAUCGUCAUGUAAUCUUUCGCCGGAAGAGAAGAAAAAACACACACAAAAAUGAAACCUUCUGAAUCCAGAUCCCAUCAUCGUCGCCUCCCAAUUCCACUUUUCCACUCCUUAUAGCUUCCCUUUUCCUCAACUGCGAUCUAAUGAUUCCAUUGCAUCGCUUCAAUCCCAAUCCUACAAAUCCUUCUUCGCAUACCCAUAUACCGAUUUCGACAUCGAAUCAGGAACCACCACCCAAUCAGAAAACCCAAAACUUCGAUGCUCCACCUGCAACAACCAAACUCGAAAGCCACGACAACAGAGCACGAACAACUUAAUGAAACAAGCGACAAUCUCGAUGGCGAUGACGACGAUGAAGAAGCCAAUCAAGAUCUGAGUCUCAGAGUCAUGGAAAAGGCCUUACGAAUUUGAUGGGUCGAGUCAGAUAAUUUCAUGGGAAGUGAUGGAGGAAAAGCAAACAACGAAUUUGAUUGUGGACUAUGGCGAUUCAAGUGUACGUCUUAUUCUGUGUCUGGCUUCUUCUAAUUUUAUAAAAGAUGGAAUAGUUCAUGAAUUACUGAGUAAUGAAACCACCAAUCUUCAAUCAAAUAAGAGCUCAGUCUGUUAAGGGAACAAUUGAAAAAUAAGGUGAAUGAGUUUAUCGGAAUUUGCAUGAAGCUUCAAGAUGAGAGUGUUACAAAGAGCUUGGAGAUUGAAAAAUGACAAAAAAAGUUGGUUUUCUGGAAAGUGAAUUUGGAGGUCUGAAGGGUCAUUUGGUUUUCGAACAAAGUGAUGGUUUUUUCCGUCACUAAAGUUGAUCUAAACACGUGGCAUUUCACAUCAGCAUAUUACAAUGUCACUUAGACGUUUUUUUUACUUUGACUAACAGACUCAGACGGAAGGACUAACAUGGCGUUGUUUUAAUAGUUAAAGGAUUAAUUUGAACUUUUUAAAAGUUAAAAGAUCAAAUUAGACUCCGAAACAAAGUUAAAGGAUGAAAAAAUGGUAUUUUUCUAAUAUUAAUAUUAUGAUUUUUCUUAAAUGUAGCAAGUUGUUGAGAAAUAACUCAACUCAUGUGUGUUGGGCUAGAAUUUUUUUGACUUUUUUAUUUUUCUAGUACAUCCUUUUUGACAUUUUAAAGUAGGGAAUUUUUUAUUAUGCAGAAACCACUAAAGUGGUGCACCAUGCAACACCAUUUUAAACCAUUCGAUCACACAAGUCCACAGAUGUUAUAAUAGAUUUAUCAUACCAAAUCACUAUCCUUCUCCCUCUCUCAACUCCAUCCCUCCCUUUUGUUCUCGCCGCCACCUCACUUUAUUGCACUCAUUGAACGUACACCUUGUCUGUAGCCGUUCGUGUUUCGCCGCCGCCGCCUCCGUCGUGUCCCUCCUUUCCUCUCGCCGUCUCCUCCGUCUCUCCGUGCUUCAGGGUUUAUCAUUACACCUUAAAUUCAGAAACCUUCCUAAUUCAAAUAAAACUCGACAAUGACGAAUUCGGAAGCUAAUGCAAAGUUUCAAAAACGUAAGCGAAAGGAGAAAAUUCAUGACCAAACCGAAAAACCUUCCAAACUGCACCGUUUGGAGUCUGCUCAGAAGCCUCAGGAGCCUGUGAAAUCUUCCACUCCAUGGAACAAUCUUCAAUUAAUACUGUGCAUUCAAGACAGACAACUUGAUCUUCACAGUAAGGUCAAUCAAGCAUUCAAUUUUGUGAGUACUAUGGUGGGUGAUGAUGCUGACAUUGAUCAACAUUGUGAAACUGUUAAACUACCAAGACUACUAGGUUAUCUUAAGGAUUGGAUCCUGACAGUGUUGUUCCCUCCAAAUGGGAAGGAAAACUGGGGUGAAGGCAAAACACCCCAGCUUGAUGGAAUUGAUGCAUAUAUGGAUGUUGGUUGUUGGGAGAUUUUCAAGUUCUGUCUGCAGGAGUCUUUGAAGCUUCGUGUCUCUUUGAAUAUGUCGCGGAACCUCCUACAGACUGUUCAGUUUAUUGUCAAAAAUGCUCUAUCUCUACUAGAGGACUUCUCCACUUGUUCAGAAGAAAAGUUUAAACUAUACAAUACUGCUCUUGAUUGUAUUUCGUUGGUGUUCUCAUCGCAUGGCGGGUUGUCAAAUGAAAAUUUGGACUUAUGGGUUGAAACAACGGGGGCAGUGCUUGAGCUUGUCUUGAAAGUGUAUGGCAAGAAUCUUGAUGGAAGCUGUGUGGGUGCUUGUGGAUUCCGUUUUUUGUGGUUGGUGCUUCAGCCCUUCUCCAAAUUUUUGAGGGUCCAUCCAGCUAGGAAAGGAUUUCAGAAUUUUGUUGACAAACUUCUUGAACCAUUGUUGCAUUUGUGCGGUGAGUUGCAUCUUCCAGCUAAUAGAAGUGAUCCCGUUUGGACAGGGAGAUUGGUGAAGGUGGUGGAAGAAGUUAUUUCUCAUGGACUUUUUCAUCCAGUUCAUAUUGAUGAAUUUUUAAGCUUACAUGGUUCAGAAAAGUAUGCCGCUUCAUCUGAUGAUAAACCAAAAGAUUCAAAAGCAACUAUUAAGAGUUAUCAUAGACAUUUGUUUGAUGUGCUGAACAAAAUUAUAUCCAAAAAGAAUGCUAUUGCAAUGGGUAGCUUAGGUUUGAUAUUUCGCUUGUUUGCCGAUUCUGCGAGAAAGUUUAAGGGAACUUCAGUUUUGCAUGAAGGGAGCAAUACAACGGAGAAAAUAAAUGAUUCAAGGCCACCUGUGCCAGCAGAAUCUUGUAGCUCCAAUAAUAUUUCUGUAGAUACUCAAAAAUCCCUUUUUAAUUUUUUGGUACUGAUUAUGGAGCCUCUUUUGCUCGAGAUGAAUGCCUAUCUCCAAGCUAAAAUAGAUGCCAAGCUCCUUUUUUGUGAUCUUUAUGGUAUACUAAAGUCUAUUGGUAAUUUGCUUGCUAGUUUUAUGCAAGAGAAAGUAUAUGUGAAAACAGAGGACACAUCUGGAGGAGCUUGUCUCAAUUUCUUGAAGAAAAUAUUUAAUACAUUGGUAGCUAGUUCCACUAGUAUACUCUGCUUAUCCAAUUAUGAUACAACUAAUGUGACGGGGAUGGAAACAUUUAUUUUAUCCGCUAACGAGAUAUUAGUUGCAAUGGGCUACCUUUUGGAAAUUGAGUACGAGGUUAUUGGAGAAGAUUUGGUGAAUUUAUGGCUUAUUUUGUUAUCAUACUCCACCGUCAAUUGCAAUAUGGCAAGUGCUUUUGAUCAAAGCUCACUAUCUUCAACUAUUCCUGCCUUGGGAUGCCAAAUAGUUAAUCUCUACAGUCAACUUCGCCAGGUGCAAAUAGCCAUUCUAGCAUUGUGCAAAGCGCUCAGGCUUAUGACUUGUGACGGUGAUGCUGAAGAAAGUUCUUCGAAGUUAUUGACAUUUCUGUCUAAGAAUGUUUAUUCCGAAUCAGUUGAAAGACUGUUAUCUUCACAUAAGUUCAUCCACACUAUUUAUAAAGCCAUGGAAUCUAUUCCAGAAGGGCAAGUGAGUGGCUUUAUUAGACAGAUAACAGGUGAUAUAUCUGAAACUCUUAGGUGGAUGAAAAACUGCUCUCUAUUGGCUGAUGGGAACAAAUUGCGAAUGAUUAAUCUGCAUGCGGAACUCUUGGGUAGAGGGCUCUCUAGACUGUAUUCUUUAGUGCUUGAUUCAGCCACUAUAACUGAAGGCAAUAGCAAUCUUGUUGGAGUUGCUGUUAAAGAACUUAUGUCAUUGUUGCGUCCCUACUUGAGUAUUCUAGUUGUACAACAACCAGAUACUAUUUGCAAGUUUUUUUCAUCUAUACUAGGAGAAACUGCUGAUCGGGCUGUUGGAAAGGACAAAGUUUUCAAGAAAUUUGGCAGGUCCAGCCAAUGGGUCUUUGUGCUCUUUUUGCAAUUGUUUUUGUCCAGCCGAAGCUUGCUUAGGCAAGCAAUCAGCCUUGUGUCUCCUAGUCUAUCAAAAAAAAUGUCAGCCGAGAUGGGGGAUUACUCAGCAUAUUCUGCCUUUGAGUUGAUGGAGAAGACUGAUGAGAUCGACAUUGGUUUCUUCUCGUGGAUUACCCAACCUUCUGCUUCCCUCCUUGCUGUUAUGCAAUUAAUUUCAGACUUCUAUCUAAAGUAUGGUUUCAAUGAGUGUUCCCCUUUGGUUUAUAUCUUUCAGUCUAUGGCUCUUCAGAGGCUUGUUGACUUGAAUAGGCACAUUGUAUUAUUGAAGUAUUUGCAAAAUAAGCUUUAUAGAUCACAAAUCAAGGCCCUGAAGGAAGAGGCUGCUGGACUUACUAAUUUUAUUAUGGAAAACUUAUCGUGUGUGUAUCAAUCCCCGGUCUUUAUUUCUGAUGAUGUUAAGAGUGAAGAUUUAGUUUCUGUGGCUCCUCAAAUCAACAAAUGGAACCAGGGAAUUUAUGUUGCUAACAAAAAUUCAUUGCCAAUAGCCAUAUGGUCAAAUCUCUGCAAAAAUGUUGAUAUUUGGGGUAAUCACGGUUCCAAGAAGCAGUUGAAAAAAUUCUUCUCACAUUUACUUCAAACUUCCCUUCAUUGUGUAUCAAGCAAGUUUCAAGAGCCAGACAUGCAAGAUAACUGUAAGCUACUCAAGAGAGUCACUUUGCCGCAUAUAUCAGCAGAUCUUCUAAGUGAUUCAAUUUUGUAUGAGCUAAAGUUUGCCCACAGGAAUCUAGCCACAAUCUUUUGCAGUGCUUUAGAGAAAUCUGUAUUACCACUGUUUAGUAAUACCACAUGUACUGCUGUCGAGCUUGGGUCAGUACCUAACUGGAUUGAGUUUUUAAGGGGCCUCGACAACUCAAAAGAGAUUCCAGUUGAUUGUUCUGCAGUUAAAAUGCCGGUCGCUCAUUCAUGUGAUAAGCUUAAUGCUGAUAUCAGCAGCAGUGAAAAUGCCUCCCCCCUUACCAUCAAGAGUUUCACAGAUUGCCAUCUUUUGCUUAAUCUAUUAACUUUGAUGUCAGAUGUCAAUACAGGAUCAUUUUCACAUAUUGCGUCUUGUAUUUUCAACCUUGAAAGGCUUCUUGUAAAUGCCUUGGUAUAUUUUCAGAGCACCGUGUAUCGGGACUAUUAUUGUGAGUAUUUGAGGUUAUUUGUCUCUUGCCGGAAGGCCUUAAGAUAUAUAUUAAUGGGUUUAAGUGAGAAGACAGACACCAUCCGUUCCUCACCAAACUCAGUUAUUUCUGAAAGUUCGUAUCCUGUUUUGUGGCUUUUAAAGUCAUUAACUGUGAUUGCUAGAUUUCAAGAGGUAUUCUCAGCAGAAAAUAUUCUAUUUAAAUCUCUGAUGUUUUCUUUAAUGGAUCACACUUCAUAUGCCUUGUUGGGCAUUGGAAAACAUCAAUAUAUCCAUGCUUUUUGUUUUGAUAAAGAAGAUGAGAUACCUUGUGAAGAAAACUCUGAUCACAAAAUUAGCCAUGCAGAGAAUCAUUUGCUUUCAUCUUCUCAGCAUGUAGAUUCUUCCAAGCUUGAGGCAUUGAAGUGUUUAACCUUAAUGGCUGAGAAUUUGAAAGAGCUGAUGCAAAAUUUGCUUGCAUCUCAAAAGGGUAUUCUUUGCCAUGUCAAUGUGGGUCAUGAUCUUACUUUCGAAAACAUGAAUAGAUUGUCUUCGGCAGUUUCAUGCUUCAAUGGAGUUUUGUGGGCCCUAACAUCUGCCCUGGGUCAAAAUGUCGAAGAUAGUGGUUACAAAGAAAAAGUGUUGAUGUGGAAACGUGAACAUGGCUCAGAACUAAAUAGUUGUAUAUUUUCUUUUGUGGAAGUUGUUAACUUUUUAAUAGACAAAAUGCUCAGUGAGAAUAAUCAACUCUCCGAAAAUUUACACGAUCACCGGAAUUUUGAAAAGCCAGCCUUCAACUUAUGCUCAGUUUCUAAGGCAAAUGGCUCGGCUGGAACGCAAAAAGAAUCUAAAACGGAAGCUACUUGCUCCACUUCAUCAGCAACUGAUAAUGUCUCAAAAAGUGACAGUGAUGUUGAAAUAAUGUCAAAUCCCAAAAGUGUAAACUUUGUUGCCAGUGUUUUGGCUAGGGAUGAUUCCCCUGAGCCACUGGGUUUGAAUAAACCUUUGUUACAAAGCUUGAUAAAAGGUGAUAAUCCAGAAGUAGCUUUUUUACUUAGACAACUGUUAAUAGCUUCAUCGUCUCUUUUGAGGCUAAAUUUGCAGAUGGAUGAUUCGUCAUUGCCUUCAAGUUCUCUGCCUGCAUUUAUUGAAAUCUCACAAGUAUUGUUAUUAGAAUUUACUGAGAUGGUUGGGGUCCCACAACAGUCUGCUUUUCUUUUGUUAGACGGUGCUCUCACCUAUCUGAGAGAAUUAGCAAGUUAUUUUCCUUUUACAGAUCCUACCUCAUCGAGUAAAGUUUAUACAAAAUUAGUACAUAUUCACAUGAGGGCAAUAGGCAAGUCCAUAUUGUUGCAAGGAAAAAGGGCAAAACUAACGUUGCACGAAAGACAGUCAAGCACGAAGACACUGCAUAAAGGACCAUUUGAAGCUUGCUCUUCUAAUGAAAUGCACGACUUUUGCUUGAAUGAAUUGAAAACUAGGCUGCGGGUGUCAUUUAAAGCUUUUAUAGAGGGGCAAUCAGAGUUGCAUCUUUUGUCUACUAUACAGGCCAUUGAGAGAGCUCUAGUUGGAUUAGAAGAAGGAUGCACUGCAAUCUAUGGCAUAAAAACAAACAAAGAUGGGGGUGAAAUUUCAACAGUUGUGGCAGCUGGCAUUGAUUGUUUGGACAUGAUUCUCGAAUUUGUUUCAGGUCGGAAAAGCCUGAAGCUGAUCAAAAGACACUGUCAGAGCUUAGUAUCUGCUGUUUUCAACAUUAUUGUGCAUUUACAGAGCCCACAUAUAUUUUAUGUUAACAUGAGAUGUAAAACAGUUGCCGGUACUCCCGAUCCUGGGUCAGCCAUUCUCAUGUGUGUUGAAGUGCUAACUACAAUUUCAAGGAAACAUGGUCUUUUCUCAAUGGAUGUGUGGCAUGUGGGUCACAUGUUACAUAUCCCUGCUGCAUUCUUUCAGAAUUUCUAUCAACAUAGAAUUUCUAAAGCUUCUCGUCCUUCAGAUUCAAUUAUGGUCUCAGAAGAGCAAAGUUCUCAUUCAGCAGAUGGAGUGAAUUUCUGUCAUGUAGAUCACCAAUUCACGAUUAAUCUAUUUGUUGCUUGUUGUCAACUAUUGUGUACCAUUAUAAGGCAUCGUCCAAGUGAGUGCAAACAGUGUGUUGCCCAUCUUGAAGCCUCUGUCGCUGUUCUUCUUAAUUGCUUGGAGACAGUUUUAGAGAACAACAAAUCGAUGGGGAAUGAAGGCUGGUUUUUGUGGGAAGUAGAAGAGGGAGUGAAAUGUGCUUGUUUUCUUCGAAGAAUAUAUGAAGAGAUAAAACAGCAAAAAGAUAUAUUUGGUCGGCAAUGUUGUCUAUUUUUAUCCAACUACAUAUCGGUUUAUUCAGGAUAUGGUCCCAAGAGAAGUGGUAUCAGAAGAGAAAUAGAUGAAGCUUUACGGCCUGGUGUCUAUGCUUUGAUAGAUGCUUGCUCUGUCGAUGAUCUUCAAUAUCUUCACACUGUUUUUGGAGAGGGACCUUGCAGAAGUACCUUGGCAACUCUUCAAAACGAUUACAAACUCAAUUUUAAAUAUGAAGGAAAAGUGUGACCUGAAACUCUGUUGAUGUAAUAUUUAAGGAAAGCCAACUUUGUUCUUGUAGGGAACCGUGUUUGUCAAUUUUGCAUCUUGUGACAAAACUAGCUUUACAACAUUCCGGGUGGCCAUUUUACAAAGUAAUAUUUAUUGGGUUGUGGAAGACACAUUAUACUGAGGAAAUUUCUUGCGCCAUUCAUGUCGCUAGGUUCAGCUGUAACAGUUCAACAGUCAACACUAUCAUAGAUAAUUAUUUAACUGUUUUUUGUAAUUUUUCAAGCGUAGUUUGAAGAUAGCUUGAACUAAAUUGUCCAAUUUUUAUGGUCGGCUAAUCGAAAGUAAUAGAAAGUUUUGUGACAAUGGUACGUAGUACGAUAAUUUCGGUGACAACAUUAGCAAUUCAGAUAUACAGAAACUGGUUGACUUUGAUUGAAGUUUAUGAUAUCUGUUGUGUUGAAUAUUAGGUAAUGAGGCGUAUCAACAGCUGAUUUCCUGUAGGCCA